AUGGAAGGUUCACAUGUGAAGGAGCUCAUUCAGAAGUGGCGCGCGCUCAGCAAAGAACUGAAGGAAAAUAAUGUGGAGCUUGAAAAGACACGUGCGGCCCUGCAGGAGCUCGAGGGGCAACACGCCAAGACGGUUCAGGACUGGGAUCUCGAGAAGGCCAACAUUCAGAACACAAUCUCCCUUGUGUGGGAACAGGUGUCCAAGAAGAAGGAGGAGCUUUCACUAAUUGAGAAGGAAACAUCCGACCUCCAGCUAAAGGUGGAUGAGCGGCGCGUGCGUAACGAGGAACACUGGGGCGUGCUAAAUAAGCGCAAGCAGGCGGUUGCAGCGCGGUUGCAGGAGAUUGAGGAAAAGGAGAAGGAUACGAGGGAGGGAUUGCGCCAGUUUCGCGAGGCUCGGGAGGAGAGCAAGCAGCAACUCCUUUCUGCCAUACGCAAGUUUGAAGACGCGGAACAACAAGAGCGGGUGGAGCAUCAACAAAAGACUCGACAGGUGCGAACCAGGAUUGCAGAGCUUGUGGCGUCGAUAGAGGCUGAAAAGAAAUCAUGGGCCCUAGAUACGGCAAUGCGUGAAUGGAAUCAAAGAAAUGACGCACGUAGGUGGCUGAGCGAGGAGGCCAACGCUGCCGAGGCCAGCAAGGGAGUAUGGGCGGAGGUCAUUAAAGAGGGUGAAGCGCUGCACUGUGACGAUGCCCUUAAGGAGCUGGAUGCGCUUUGCGCCCUUGUCUCCUGUUAG